ACCCAAUACGACAGCCCGCGUUCGAGGCGUUGUUAAAUUCCACGGUAGAUACAUCGUUUGGACGCCAGCGCAUUCACCGAUAUGGUUGUGAGUUAGCAAUAUGGAGGAUGUCGAAACAAUUGUGCUGCACGGUUCGAGAGUACAGGAAGAGGAAACGGCAGUGUCCGGUGCAGAUGCCGAUAAAACAAAAGCGGAGUUUGUUUGGACCCUGCUGGCCACCUGGCACCUGGUCAACAUCCGACUAGAAAUGGACCAGGCUUUCGAGCAGCCCGUGUGCAAGAAGAAGAAACUGUGGGAGGCGGUGGCGGAGAAGGUGAACGCUCAGCUGAGGGAGAGGGACGGGGCGGACGUCUGGGUCAAGUCCUACGAGUGUGACCUCAAGUGGCGGAACAUGUUGACCACCUACAGGAAGAACGCCGCCAGGGCCAAGAGGCUGGGGGAGGCCAGCGUCCACUGGGAGUUCUUCAGGAGGAUGCACGAGGUCCUGGGCAAGAACCGGGAGGACAUGGACGCCCUGCGCCGGGCCAAACUGAGCGGGACCGAGGCGGGAAAGGCCGCGGCAAGCAAGAGGUUCACACCCAUUCUGCCUUCGCCUCCCGCCGCCUCGCCCUGCCAGCCGCCGCCACUGCCGCGGCCUCCGCAGGACGUCCUGCAGCUGUACAUGGAGCUGCAGGAGAGGAAGCUGAACAUGUGGGCCCAGCAGAAGGCCCUGGAGGAGAGGAAGAUCGAGGCCCUCAACAACUUGGCCCAGGCCAUCUCCAGCCUGGCUCAGAGAGACUCUCAGGUGGGCAAAGAUGGCCGCUAGUUCCACACCGAGACGCUGUCGGCGAUAAACGUCAACAAGCUUUUUGAAGGCAACGUGCUAGCUGAAAAGGAUGCUUUUCACAGCUUUCAUAAACAUUAUGGUCAAAGCUUUGUUCAGUCUGAAGAUGCUUUUGCGAUACUUGUUGCCAUCACUGCCAUCUAGUGGGUAAAAAGUGGAACUGCAACAUGUUGAAAUCUACAUUUGAAAGCAUUAAAAGUGACUUUUGUAUUA